CCCUUCAAAUUAUGUUCCAAAAGAGGUGAAUUAUCAAAGAAAAUGAGCUCAAAUAAUCCUAGUAGUAGCACCGGUGGUGUCUCCGCCCCAGGUGGAGGAGUUUGUGGUGGGACUAGUGGAAGUACUAGCAGCGGAGGCGGCAGCGGUGGUGGUGGUGGUGGAGGGCCAUGUGGUGCUUGUAAAUUUUUGAGAAGAAAGUGUGUUGCCGGUUGCAUUUUUGCACCUUAUUUUGAUUCGGAACAAGGUGCGGCACAUUUUGCAGCCGUACACAAAGUGUUUGGAGCUAGUAAUGUUUCUAAACUUCUCCUUCAUAUUCCUGUCCACAAGAGGCUUGAUGCAGUUGUCACCAUUUGUUAUGAAGCUCAAGCGAGACUCCGGGACCCCGUCUAUGGUUGCGUUGCUCAUAUCUUUGCUCUUCAGCAACAGGUAGUGAAUUUACAAGCAGAACUCUCAUACUUACAAGCCCACCUAGCAACCCUGGAGCUUCCAACACCGCCGCCACUGCCCCCGCCGCCACAACAACCACAAACAAUGCUCCAACAGCCACCACUCACCAUAGCAGAUUUGCCAACAGCAGGACCUUCUUUGCCAGCUGCCUAUGAUUUAUCAUCACUUUUUGACCCAAUGGUUCAACCCUCAUGGGCAAUGCAGCAGCCACGACCGCCGCCACCUCUGCCUCUAGACCCGCGCCACUUUGGUGGCUCUAGAGCUCCGGUGGACAUGUCACCGUCCACCGGAGGCCGGGGCGGCGAUCUUCAAGAAUUGGCACGUGAACUUCUGCAUAGACAUGGAUCAGCAACAGUGCCAUGCACAGAAUCAUCAGCUUUGCCACCACAGACCAAGUGAGAUCAAGGACACAUUUUAUUGAAAAGUACUGACUUAUAAUAUGUUAAAUAUUAGUGGUACUCAUGAGAUAUUUUUAAAAAAAAUUAAGAAAAAUGAGGGUUUUCAAUUUUAAUUAAUCAAAAAAAAAAAUACCUAGGCAAAGUCAUGAAAAAAUCUUUAAUUUUACCCUAUUUGUA